GCGUAUUAUGCGCGCCUCGGGGUGAAGUGUAGGAAAAAAAUAGAGAAGGAAAACUUCAUCAUAGCAAUGGCGGAGGGUGCAACAUCUCUGAAAGGGUUGCGAACUCAAAUUGUUGCAGCUGCCCAGGCCCAAGCGGAGGAGCGGCGCAGCCUAGCGGGGAACAGCCCAAGACCUGCAUCUCCAGCAACAGCGGCAAACCCUCCAUCCGGCACCGCAGCCUCCAAGUCCCCCCGGCCAGUCAUUGAUGGUGCUACUCUAAGGAUAAACGACCGUCUUCGAGUGGCCAAAGAGAGACGCGAGGAGGCGGAGAGGCAACAAGCUACGAGGGAGUCUCAGAUCCUGGAGAGGGAGCGUAAGACCAAGCUUCAGGUGGAGCGUCAGAUGGAGGAGCGCCAGAAGAAGCUGGAAGAGCAGCGCAGGAAGGAGGAGCAGAGACGCUCAGCUGUGGAGGAGAAGAGGAAGCAUAAACAGGAGGAGGAAAAGGAGCACUAUGAGGCUGUGAUGCGGCGGACCUUGGAGAGGAGCCAGAGACUGGAGCAGAGACAGAAGAGGUGGUCCUGGGGAGGAUUGUCAGAGUCAGACAGCAGACCAGGAGACCUUGAGGGAGGCGCCUCCUCUCCGGUUGCUAUAGUAAUCUCCCCCGCCUCCCCAGAAAAGCGCCCCAGGACACGGCAAGUGGACAAGCGCUCCACCUCCACUGCAAACCUAAAACAGCCGGACGAUUCUGGCAUCAACAAGCGCUUGUCCUCCUCCGCCACCCUCAUGACCUCACCUGACAAAAGUGCUCGUGUGAGGAGUUCAUCACUGAACCGUUUGCCUAGAAACCACAAAGUCGACAUAGACAGUCAGCCCGCUAAGGAAGGCAGGAAAACGCUUCAGGUGGAUCAGACAGGCCUGAAGAAGAGAAGCUCCUCCCUGACACGGGCUGGGGGGGGCAGACCAGCGACCCCCUCUAAGCUCGAUAAAGGGACGUCGGACGACAAAGGAGGUGUAGCUCGCAAGCCCCUGGCGAGCCCUGUGGACGGAGGUUUCCUCAGUCGCCUGCUCACUCCCACCCAGGCCUCACUAGCUAGGAGCAAGAGUGCCGCCGCCCUGUCGGCCGAAGGAGCAGACACCUCAGAGUGUCACCUGUGUCCUCGCUCAGCCUCGGCCGUCUCUGUGCCGCCAGGGCCUCGAGGGCCCCUACGGAGCCGCAGCAUCGACCGGCAGAAAACCGCCACCAUGCCCACCUCUGCCUCGGCAGACCAGCUCCAGCCCUCACCGAAGGAGAAGAGGUUCUCAUCGCCUGGAGGGAAACGCCCCGCCUCGCCCUCCAACCUCAGCGCACGCAACCGCUCCCCCUCUCCUGCCCCCCUCCCCGCCAGCAAGAGACCCCCCUCCCCCAGCGCUGCAAAGCAAAGCCCCCGGAAUCGUCCCCCGUCCCCUGGGGGUGUAAAACAGCGCCCCCCAUCCCCUCAGCCUAGCUCGGCCAAAUCUCAGUCUCCCCAGCCCGCCUCUGCCAAGCCCCCGCCCAUUCAGAGGCCGGCCCUCACCCCCACCGGGCCUCCCACCCUACGGAAGAGGGACUCCAAGACCAAGGAUGUCUGUCCUGUCCAGCCUCUGGUGCCCCCGCCCCCCGAGACGCUCCAGGGCUGCACCACGCCCGGGCCCACCAACACCCCCUCCAGUAAGACCAAAGACAAGGAAGACAAGUCCAUGGCGGGAACCAACUCUGCAGCAGAGGCAGCCAUGAUCCUGGCCGAGAACCGCCGCCUGGCCCGGGAGAAGAAGGAGAGAGAGGAGGCUCUUCGAGUGCAGAGAGAGGAGGAGGAAAAGCUGAGGAAGGAGGAGGAAAAACGCUUGGCUGAGGAGGCACGGCUUAAACGCCUGGAGGAGGAGAAGAGGCUGGCAGAGGAGAGGAAGAAAAAGGAGGAGGAGGACGCUCUUAUGGCGGAGGCGGACAGAGAGAGACUGGAGGCAGAGGAGGCAGUGAGACAGGCAGAGCUACAGAAAGAGCGAGAGGAGGCAGAUGCGCGGGCCGCUGUUGAGGCAGAGAAGGUCCGUGUUGAGAGGGAGAGGAUCAUGGCCCAGAACCAACAGGAGCGCAUGGAGAGGAAGAAGAGAAUUGAGGAGAUUAUGAAGAGAACAAGGAAAGGAGAUUUGGACAAGAGAGACGGUGAUGAGAAAGGCAUGCAGGAUGAAGAGGGAGAUGAAGAGGGUGACGACCAAGGAGACGACCAAGGAGACGACCAAGGAGACGACCAAGGAGACGACCAAGGGGACGACCAAGGGGACGACCACCAGAUCAUCUGUGAUGAUCCAACCAUGGGGGACCUGACGGAGACCACUGACUGGGCCACGGACGUUGAGGUGGAUCAGGGGCGUGGCCUGACUAGCCAGGAGCCAAUGGGAGAGCGGGAAGAGCCGCUUGGUUGUGUGAACGGGAAGCCGGAGGCUGACAAGGAAAACAACAAUGGGACCAGGCCUGUGGAAUCUCUGACUGUUAGCCUCGGGACCCCAGGUGGUCUGGUGGGGUGCUCAGAGUUCCAGAACGAGGACAACAUGGAGUCACCGGGUCUGAACGGAAAGCCCGGCCCCUGGAGCUUCGAGGAGCUCAUCGACCUGGGAGUCAACGCCAAGGGCCGACCUGUCAUCGAUGCCGAGGGACGGAACCAGGGCAUCAUGGACCGCGACGGGGCCCCUGACGGGCCAGGACUUACUCCACUCCUCCCCUCCAGUCAGCCCUUAGAAGCCCUGGCCAGUAAGACCGAGAUGUGAGGCAGCAUCCCUUCAGCCUGUGAGUACUGCACUCGUAUAGUUCCUGUCCAGCUGAGUUCCAGACCCACUUACCCCUCCGCACGCACGCACGUACGCGCGCACACACUGGACCCCGGACCCCCCGGCUUCCAAGUCUGGACCUCCUCAGCCAGAGGAGGCACACAGGAAGUCAGAUGGGGUCCUCUGAAUGCAGAAAAAGGCUUCAGGGAAAAUGUCUGCGCUCCUUCAAUGUGCUCAUUCCCUGGGGUCAUACUCCGUUUGAGGGUCACUAGUUUUUUUUAAUUUGAAUUUGUUCAUACUGUUGAUAUUUUUUUUAAGUGUUGGGACAGGUUGUGCAACGUUGUAAUUUAUACGAUGGUUUCUUGGGUAUCCCUAACUACUGUUGUUGUGUUUAGUUUUUGUUCCGGUUCCAUUGUGUCUUCAGUAUGCUUUGAGGCGUGGUGGGUGGGAGUUCACAACUUGUCACAAGGGAUUCAGAAAACCUGCCAGAGGUUAAAGAAAUUGUGAUUGUGGGUGAGGCCGCCUGGGUCUUGGUCCAGACAUCUUUUCAAACACCCUGGCUCAGUUUUCCUGUCUGUUUCAUCUGUCACCUGAGCUGCUCAGAGCCCAUCAGCUUCCCUGCUCUCUCACCCCUCACCACCAGGGGGCCCUCAUGUUCAAAUCAAACAGUUUUAUUCAAAUGAUGUGACCUACGUUUGUAGGAAUUCAGAAGGUAAACAUUCGGUUUAAUGAAUAUCUGUUCAGGGAAGUUGAUCUGUUCCUGUUUAGGUGAAUGUCUUUAUAUGUUAACGUGUUGUCCUUUAACAUUUGUGUGUGUAUAUAAAGUUAAUUGUUAGCUAACUCAUAUCAAAUUGUAAUUUAACAGCAUCCUGAGCGCUGAGGUGUGACUUUCAACCCCAGCAAUGACUGCAUGAAUCUAUACUCUCAACAUAUGAAUGACUAUAGCCCAUAACGGAUGUGUGCGUGCGUACGUGCACUACUAGUCCGGAAACAGACCUUGAAAGGUUUGAAGUUCACUCUUAUACAACAACUGUUCUGUCGGUCUCUCCUGUCUGUCGGUCUCUCCUGUCUGUCGGUCUCUCCUGUCUGUCGGUCUCCCCUGUCUUUCAGUAGCUGUCUCCAUACUCCUUGUUCCAGUGCUUCUCCUCUACUUCUGACUGACACAAAAAAAAUAACUAUACCUUGCUGCUGCUUUUAUACUUUACCUCUUCUGGCAAAAAGCUAACAUUUCAAUUAUUUUUUAUAAUGUAUCAAUUGGCUGUUUGUUUAUAUGUAUGAACGUGUAUUUCCACUUACUAUAAUCAGUAUUAGACCAACGCCACUGUGGUUGGAUCUGGAAUAAGGGUGUCUGUGUAUUCUAGUGUUGGUUGUGUUUGACUCUUUGUUAAGGUUGCCAGUGUUGUGGACCUAAGCUCUGUUCCAGGUCUGAUUUUGGUCACCACCAUGGCUGGGUUAGCUCUGAUCCUGGACUGCUGGUCCCAGAUAGUCACCUCGAUGCACUGCUAAUGACUUCGUCCAGGUCGGAUAUAUGAAAAACGUCCGCCUGAGCCGUGCUCACCGGGCACUUGAUGAUUGUCUGCAAUUUGGCAAGGAUUCCACUAGGUUGCGCUGUUCCAUUGCUUUGACUUGUCUCACACACAAUAGAUCAGCUCAAGCGUUGAGGGACAGGAACUGGGCGUUGGUGAGGUGUUGAGGCGGUCACACACGGCCGUUUAACCGCUCCGGUUGCUGGGGAAUCAGCACUGUAGGUUGAUAAGGGGGUUCUCUGUGUGUUGACCCAGAGCGUUUUGGGAGACUGAAUGUUUUUGCAGGGAUGCCAUUUCAAGUUUGCAAUAGGCCUGUUAACAGGGACUCUGGUCACCGCCCGACUCUCCUCUGUGUAGCAAUAAUCUGCUGAGUCUACCACUAAAUGAUUGUGACAGGACCUCUGAGUUUUUGUCUUUGCUGGUGUAGUUCUGUGUUGUCUAAGGGUUGUUAAGGAGCUGUGUGGGCACUUGAGUUCCCUAUGCUUGAAUCAUUCAGAGGUUUGCGGCCCGUUUCCACUAAAUCCAGGGGCCUCCCCCCACAUUUUAGUUUUUGCUCUAGUGAUGUACAGCUGAUGACGAUCGUGAUGAUGGCAUGGCGAUGACCUCAUUAUUUCAGUCAGCUGUGUGUUUCUGGGGCAAACAACAGAACAUGGACCCGUGGAAGGCCCCAGGAUGGAUUCUGGGAAACCCUGCUUUAUUUCCUGCCUUAUGACUGGACCGAGAGGUCUUGCUUUGACUAAUAGGCAUGAAGAAUGUUCAUUUGACUAAACAAACAAGCCCUUAAUUGUUUAACAUGCAUCUCUGUCGCUCUCUGUUGUUUUAAUGUACAAACUGUUUUACUGUUUAUCGCAACAUUAGGCGCUUGUCUCUGUGGGAGGUUUGCCACUUAGUGGUUUGUAAAGCUUUGGAUUGACCUGUCAGUAAGACGUGAAGAGGUUCAGUAUGGUGCUGGAAUACAGACGUUUCCCCGUCUUUUGUCUCUCAUCCGGACCCUUCUUGACAAACGCGAGUCUAUUCCCAGGGUCACUGUAGACGUGUCUGGUGUGGAAUGGGCUUGUUCGUUGGUCAGUGCUACGUGGCUAAUGUUAGCCACACGUCCGUCUCAGACGAGGCCGUUGCAUGACCGUCGCUGCUGCCAGACCAGACGUCCUGUGGUGGUGUUCAGUCCUUCCUGUGUCUGUGGGCUUGAAUACCGAGCUAACUUGAUGUUCUCAUGACAGUGAGUCGUUAUGACGGUAGAAUAGAAAGGUGCCUUAGGUUGACAAAGGGUUGUAUUUUUAUUUUGUUACAAUUAAUUAAUAGCUAAUAAAAUGUGGCGUGUCUUUACCUCGGCCAUGACAAUCAUUCUACCUGACCAGGGCUACAGUGUGAAUAUGAAUUGCUUUCUGGAGGCUCUCCAGACCCUAACCCAAGCUCUGUCCACAAACUAUAUUUGUAAAUAUAUCUAAGUGUACUGAAAAGAUAUGUACUGUUAAAAAUAAAGUUUUGCAAAUUAAAAAGGGA